GCUCAGAUGAGGAGGCAUCAUUAGUCAUUGGUGGUGAAGCUACAUUGUGGGGCACAAGUGUGGAUGAGACCAACGUGAUCACUCUAGCAUGGCCCAGAGGUGCUGCUGUAGCUGAAAGAUUAUGGUCGAAAAACCCUGAUACGAAAGAAGAAUUCUCACAACGAAUCGGUGAACUUCGAUGCAGAAUGAUCUA